AUGCUCUCUCGUUUUUUCUUUUCAUAUCAAAUAAUUCUUGACCAUGUUAUUGAAUUACUUAAUAAAUCUGACGAAGUUGAUCAUGAUCAAAUAAAAGGUUGUUUAUAUAUACUUCUUGGAAAUGAUUCAAUUUUUCUACCAACGAAACAUUCAUGGAUACUACUUGAAAAAUUAUGGCCAUCUAUUGCAUCUACAAAACAUGCAAGAAAACUUAGUACACAAAAUCUAAUCAAUUGUAUUAUGGAAAAAAUCUAUAAACGUUUUAACACAGUAGCAAUUAUUGAAAAUACGAAUGAAAUUUCAAGACAAGCAGCUGUUAAUUUAUGGUGUUCAUUAGAUAAACAUGAAUUAGAAUUGUAUAAUCGAAUUCAUGAAGAAAGAAUUGAAGAAAAUAUUUGUUCAUAUAAUAAUCUAAUGGAAAAAUUAACUUCAUUAUUUUAUAAUAAUGUAUUAACUUGUCGACAACAAAUCAUAACGAUGACAUUUAUUUCAUUUCUUUUCCAAAAACAAGUUCCAAUUCCGUUAUCAUGUAUUCGAAUUGUUGUAGAUUUUCUUAUCCAUGAAAAUAUUGAUAUACGAAAGAUAGCCGAACAAUGCAUAUCAGCAUUAUGUCGUAUACAAAAGCCACCAAUUAUUUAUCUUGAAAAACCACUUCAUGAUAUAUUAUAUCAUAUGAAUAAACCAUGUCCCGGUGACGAAUGUUGUUGUCCAGGUGAUCGUGACGAUAAUUUAUGGAUUACACUUAAUGAUUACCAACCACCUAAAACACAGAUUGAAUGGGAACAAACAUGUUUUUUGGAUAAAUGUUUUCAUGGAUAUUAUAAAUGGCCAAAAGUAAUUAAAUAUCCAAUGAAUAAACGAGAACGUUAUACCAAAGAAACAAUGCCUGAACAUGUUGCAAUUGUGUAUAAACGAUUUAUGGAUAAAAAUUUUAUUACUAAACUUAUAGAAUAUAUGAUUAUUGAAGAUGAAGGAGAUGGAAUUACUUUUAAUAUAAAUCGAUUUCGAAUGUUUAAGGGUCUUUUUCGAAAUUUUGGUUUAGAUUUAAUGUAUCAUUUUAUGGAACAAUUAAAUAUUUUAAUUCAUGAAAAAACUAAAGAAAAACAACAAGGUUCUAAUCGAGUAGCCGCUGAAAUUGUUGCUGGAAUAAUUCGAGGUUCAAAAUAUUGGACAUUAGACAUGCUUGAAGAAUUAUGGCAAAAAUUAAUUCCAUUUCUUAAUGAAGUUUGCGCAAAUCUUAGUCCUGAAACGUUAUCAUAUUGGGGUUCAUGUUUUAAAUUUGGCAUGGAAGAUUUAGAUCCUCGUCGAAUGCAUCGUCUUAUUGAAUUCAUUCGCACUUUAAUAAAUGAUCAAACAACAGUUAAUACAUUUCUUGAAACAUCACGUUGGUUUUUAAUUUUAAAAUUAACUAAUUUUGAAUGGCGUGUACCAGCUAUUUGGUGUGCAAUUAAUGAACAUGCUAAAGAAAUGCUUGAUCAUUCAUAUAAAGCAGUACGAGAACAUAUUGCUAAUGUUUUAUCAGUAUCACUUAGUUUCGAUAUUAAAUUACCUAAUGGUCAAUCAACACGUCAUCCCGAUGCAAAUCGUUUUAUUGAUACUAUUCGAGAACGAUUACAUCAAGCGAUAGAAAUUUAUGAAAAAAAACCAUUAGCGAAUAUUUCUGGACAAAAGAUCGAAAUUGAUCAAGAAGCUCGUAAAGCUUUAAAUUUUAUUGAAACAGUGAUUCAAUUUCAUACACGUAUAUUUAUGUGGUGUUUACAACCAAUGAAAAGUGCAAUUGUUCGAAUAUUUCCAUAUCUUUGCGAUUUAGAAAGUAUUGUUUCAAGUGAAAAUUUAACAAUCAGUCGAAUGUAUGUGGCUAUGACUUAUUUGCAUACACCUUUUCUUGAGUCAUUGAUUGAACAAUUAGAACAAGUUUGUACAAGUUCGAAAUGGCAUGCACGUCGUGUAGCUAUGGAAUUCCUACAACAUAUGAUUUUUUGUAAUCUAUUUAAUGCUCGAUCUUAUAAAAAACAAAUAUGUGAACUUGUUUUUAAAUGUUUGUUUGAUGAACAAUUUGAAGUUCGUACAGUUGCAUCAGUUACAUUAUCAGGAUUUUAUCAAUGUGGAUUUAUUCAAGUCAAUGAAGAAGAUUUUAAAUAUUUUAGUCAAAUGAGUAAAAUAAAUUAUUUUAUUAAGAAAAAUGGAAAAAAAAUUAUAACAACAGAAAAUAUUAUUAAACGACAUGGAGGUGUACUUGGUCUUUGUGCAAUUGUUCUUUCAAGUCCAUAUGAUAUUCCAAAUUAUGUUCCUGAUGCAUUAAUGCUUCUAUGUGAACAUUCACAUGAUCCUGAUCUUAUUCAAAAAUCAAUUAAAAAAGCAUUAUCAGAAUUUCGUCGUACUCAUCAUGAUUCAUGGCAUGAACAUCGAGAAAAAUUUACGGAAGAUCAACUUGUUAUCUUGGCCGAUGUAUUGAUAUCACCUAAUUACUACGCAUAA